GGGAGCUGGUGUUUUCUCGGCCGCUCGGAAUCUGAGGGCAGUGAUUCGGAGGCCGCGCGUCGGUGGUCCCGCGCUAGCUGCUAGCGCGCACUAGCUGGGGUGCUCGUGCAGUUUAUUGUCAUCAAAUCCCCUCACUAUGGCUUGUCUAAUUGUGUGUGAGUAAUGUGGAGGAGCCCAUGUAAUUUCUGUGCAUCUGCGUUUUUUUAGAGGGCAGGCUUCGCGUUGGGUUCGGGCGAUGCGGUUUUGUUUACAUGUCUCUGGGUGACUGUGAACUGAGGUUAAGUUGUCGGCGGGUUCGCGCUUUGUUAGUGCAUAAGGUGUUUGUGGGAUAGGGGUAAUGAGACGGGAACGCGCUUACCAACAAGUCUUUUAAAUAAAAGUCUGAUAGAUCAAAUACUUGCUACUGAAUCUGGUCAAUUCCUAGUGCUUUUUGAAAUAAACACUGAAAUCGCUUUGCGUUGGUUUAAGGAUUUGAUCGAUGUGCAGAGUGUCGCCGCUUUGAAGUUUGAACUGAAGUGAAGUUACUGAAGUAAACAAAUGUCUACCUGCCUUUUCUGGUAAGGGUCAUGACUCUUCUUUUUGAAAUCGACUUAUUAAAACAAGUAGCCAGAACACGAUUUCUUUUAGAGUUACUUUUGUCUGAAAUAUUAAUGAUUGGAAAUGUCGUGUCUCUUUUUGCUUUCUUUAUUUGACUCUAAUUAAACAACUUAAACUAUGUUACAUCGCUUGUUGCACUGUUGUCCAGCUCAAUGCUUUUUAAUUUAAUUUUUUAUACAUGUUUCAGUGGCAGCCUUUUGCUAAAGCUCUCAUGUUGGAGAACCUUCAAAGAACCUCCACACAUCACAUUGGCCUGCAACCAAACUCUCGGAUCGGUGAGGAGAUGAGUCAGAACAGCUUUAUUAAACAGUACCUGGCCAAACAGCAAGAGCUCCUCAGGCAGCGCUUGGAGAGAGAGGCACGAGAGGCUGCAGAAACUGACGGAACAGCCCCGGAAGACCAUACAGAGGCCAAUGACAGCACAAUGUCUCCUGCCCCUAACCAGGAUGCUGCAUCCUCAUUAGCUGACCAACACAAACCUCUCACCACAGCAAGUGAGGGUGAUGAGCUCAGAAAAGAGAAAGAGAUAUCUGGGCAGCCAUCCCACUCUGCUGAUGCCCCACCUGCUGCAAUAGCCUCUUUGUUAGUGCGAGUUGUUGGUGAAAGUGGGCCGACCUUAAACUAUGUACAGGUCAAUAGCGACGAUGAGAGCAAAGGUGGAGGUGACAAUGAUGAUGAGUGGAAAAGAAAAGAAAUCAGCCAAGACCUCAGGAAAAAAAUUGUGGACCUCCACAAUUCUGGUUCAUCCUUGGGUGCAAUUUCCAAACGCCUGAAGGUACCACGUUCAUCUGUACAAACAAUAGUACGCAAGUAUAAACACCAUGGGACCACGCAGCCAUCAUACCGCUCAGGAAGGAGACGCAUUCUGUCUCCUACAGAUGAACGUAGUUUAGUGCAAAAAGUGCAAAUCAAUCCCAGAACAACAGCAAAGGACCUUGUGAAGAUGCUGGAGGAAGCGGGUAGACAAGUAUCUAUAUCCACAGUAAAACGAGUCCUAUAUCGUCAACCUGUAAGUCUACUUUGCAAGGAAGAAUUCACUGCUCCAAAACCACCAUAAAAAAGCCAGACUACAAUUUGCAAGUGCACAUGGGGACAAAGAUCUUACUUUUUGGAGAAAUGCCCUCUGGUCUGAUAAAAUAAAAUUGUUAUUAUAUUUAAAUCUAUUUGGCCAUAAUGAUCAUCGUUAUGUUUGAAGGAAAAAGGGUGAGGCUUGCAAGCCGAUGAACAACAUCUCAACUGUGAAGCAUGGGGGUGCCAGCAUCAUGUUGUGGGGGUGUUUUGCUGCAGGAGGGACUGGUGCACUUCACAAAAUAGAUGGCAUCAUGAGGAAGGAAAAUUGUGUAUAUAUUGAGGCAAGAUCUCAAGACAUCAGUCAGGAAGUUAAAGCUCAGUCGCAAAUGGGUCUUCUAAAUGAGCAAUGGCUCCAAGCAUACCUCCAAAGUUGUGGCAGAACGGCUUAAGGACAGCAAAGUCAAGGAACUGGAGUGGCAUCACAAAGCCCUGACCUCAAUCUGAUAGAAAAUGUUUGGGCCGAUCUGAAAGCGUGUGCAAGCAAGUAGGCCUACAAACCUGACUCGGUUACACCAGUUCUUUCUGUAGGAAUGGGACAAAAUUCCAGCAGCUUAUUGUGAGAAGCUUGUGGAGGGCUACCCAAAACGUUUGACCAAAGUUAAACAAUUUAAAAGCAAUUCUACCAAAUACUAACAAAGUGUAUGUAAACUUAUGACCCACUGGGUAUGUGAUGAAAGUAAUGAAAGCUGAAAUAAAUAAUACUUUCUAUUAUUAUUCUGACAUUUCACAUCCUUAAAAUAAAGUAUGUAUCCUAACUGACCUAAGACACUAGAUGUUUUCUACGAUUAAAUGUCAGGAAUUGUGAAAACCGUAUUUGGUACAUAAAAAAAGUUUAAAUGUAUUUGGCUAAGGUGUAUAUAAACACUUCUCACAUCAACUGUACUUACAUUAAAUGUAAAUGUAGAUGAAUACAUUUUGAAAUGACAAAAAUCAAAAAGGCAGAAUAAAAGUAAUCUUUAAGACUCCUGUGUUUAAAUGUAUAUCCUCAGCAAUCACUUUAACACCUGAAUGGGGAAACUUAACAGGUUCUGCUUAGGAAAGUGAAAGUGGAGAUGUAUAGUAAGCAGCUUAAACAUUGAUUGUUCCUCACCCACACCUAUCAUAACACAUAUGAAGAUAUAGAUUUAUCCACUGGAGUUGUAUGGAUUACUUUUAUGCAAACUUUGGGCUUUUUGAUGCUUUAAAGUUCUGGCCACCAUUCACUUGCAUUGUAUAGACAAACAAAUCUAAGAUAUUCUUCUAAUUAUCAUUUGUGUUCAGCAGAAGAAAUGUAUACACAUCUGGGAUGGCAUGAGGCUGAGUAAAUGAUGAGAGAAUUUUCAUUUUUGGGUGAACUGUCCCUUAAGGGAACAAGGUAACCUUAUCUAUUUUAGUAGUGUAGUCAGAUAACGUUUAAAGCAAGGCAUCACAGACAUGUGCUCUCAUGCUUAAUUAAAAGACUAGGCGAUCUCCAGGGAAUUAUUCAGAAGCCUUGUGUCCAGGGUUUUCCAGUUGGUCUGGCAUGUAAUCCAAAAGUGCUGAUGAGUGACAUGUUAUUGUAUUUGUAAAGAAAAUGCUUCUCGAACUGUGCCACCUUAAUUAUCUGGACUGUUCACAUUUUUAAAUUGUUUCAAUUUCUAUAUGCCACUUGUACAUGUUUGUACCUGCAGAAAAUAUUCUGUUCCCUUUUAAAUAUGCUUUGUAAUACAUUUAUUAAAUAUUCUACUGUGAUAUAAUAUUGUUGUGAAUAGAUGGGUGAAGGAAGGUUUGAUUGAUGUAAAGAUUACAUUUUACUUAAAGAAAUUGCUUGCUAAAAAAUAAACAUUUAAUUUACC